CGCGAGCCCCUGGGUGCCGUCGGGAGCCGCACGCAGCCUGGACGGCGCCCCACUCUCCUCGGCCAUGUCCGGGGCCCGCCGGCCGAUCCUUCGACGCCGGCCAGACACGCAGCUGGGGGGAUGCUAGAAGGAGCCCGGAAUGCCUUAUGUGGAUCGUCAGAACCGAAUCUGUGGGUUCCUGGACAUUGAGGACAAUGAAGCCUGUGGAAAGUUCCUGCGAAGAUAUUUCAUCCUGGAUACCCAGGCCAACAGCCUUCUGUGGUACAUGGACAAUCCCCAGAACCUGGCUGUAGGGGCGAAAGCAGUUGGAUCUUUACAGCUGACCUACAUCUCUAAGGUCAGUGUGGCUACUCCAAAACAAAAGCCCAAAACACCUUUCUGUUUUGUUAUCAAUGCGUUGUCUCGGCGAUAUGUCUUGCAAGCCAACGACCAAAGGGAUCUGCAAGACUGGGUGGAGGCACUAAAUCGGGUCAGCAAGAUUACGGUCCCGAAGGGUGGAGGUUUACCCCUAUCCACAGAAGUUGGCAAACACCCCUACAAGACUGAGAUCAUUGGUGGGGUGGUUGUGCACACACCCAUUUCGGUCAACCAGAAUGGAGGGGAAGGCUCUGAAGGCGGUGAGGUAGCAGUUCACCCUCUUUUGAGACGCUCCCAGAGUUACAUCCCCAGUACCAAGACGCCAGUUGGACCUCCAGUCCUCAAGAGCGGCUACUGCGUGAAGCAAGGGAACGUGAGAAAGAGCUGGAAACGGCGGUACUUUGCCCUGGAUGACUUUUCUAUCAGUUACUUCAAGUGCGAGCAGGACAAGGAUCCUUUACGUUCAAUCCUCCUGAAAGAUGUGCAGAAGACACAUGAAUGUUUAGUCAAAUCUGGUGACCUUCUAACACGGGACAAUCUCUUUGAAAUCAUAACAAGCAACAGGACCUUCUAUAUCCAGGCCUACAGCCCUGAGGACAUGCACAGCUGGAUCAAAGCGAUCACGGGGGCGGUGCAGGCGCUCAAGAGCUGCCCCAGGGAAAUGCCUUUGUUGAGAUCCAUGUCAGCGAGCAAACGUGGAGGUUCUGCCUCACCCAGCUCAGCUGCAGCUUCCUUCACCAGGCUGAAGCAACUGGGAGAGGAAUCUAAGGCAUCAGGCAAAGGUCCUACGACAUCUGGCUGGCUGCCCUGGGAGCCGGUGCCACAGCCAGAAGGGAAGCAGCAGCCCGUAACGGAGGAGAAGGCCGGUCAAGUGAAAGACUCUGAGUUUGCCCCUGUGUUUGCCGAGUGCGAUGCUGGAGCCUUGCAGGGCAGGCGUCUGCGGCACAGGUCUGAACCGAAGAACUUUAAAGAACACCCUUUCCCCUAUGACCUGGAUGAUGAGAGCAUCCGAACCUCGGAUGUGUGACCUCGCGCGGCUUGCAGGUGUACAUACGGCGUUGGAGACGUGCCCGGAUCCCAGCAUGGGACGUCCUGGGUGGACGUUUGCUAGCUUGCACCUGCUCAGGAAGCUGAGACUGGAGUAACCACUGCCAGGCGACAACUGUAAAUUUGGGAAGGCUGGAAGAUGGGACCAUAAGCUCCACGACCUUCUGAAGGCCGAAGCAAUGAUGAACUAGCUAUGUCUGCUGGGGUUACAAAGCCAAUUGCCAGUCUGCUGAGUUUGCAAAACAGCAGGAUAGAGCAAUCCAGCCCUGCCCCGUAUUAGCUUGGGAGACAGUCAUCAAGUCUUUUCCUUCAUCAGAUAGGGGUGUGUGGGUCUUCCUCUAGGAAGAAGCUGGCCCAUUCUCCAUGCGAUGCAAUUCAUUCCGCUGAGUUUCUGUAGUGAAGCCUUGUUGUCAGAUUAGCUAGAGACCCUGGUAAGGGUAUUGCUUCCCGUGUGUGUGUAUGUGUGGCUUGGUUCACUUCCUGGGGUUAUCUAGACUUUAUUGCAAUAUGUACCUAGUUGCACCCUACAGUGUCUUACAUGCUUGAUCUGUGGAGGGGCUGGCAGAACAGUUCUGUCUUGUGCCAGAGGGUUAGACUAAGUGCCUGUUCAGACAACACUUCAGGCUCUGUGGUUAGUGAAACCGUGGUUCUCUGGGGUUGGCACUAACCACAAGCCAUGCUAUCACACACAACACCUUAAGCCACGGUUAGAGCCAUGCUGCAGACGGUACGACUGGGGUUAGAAAGUGACCAGGGUUUAGCAAAAUGCAUUGCACACGACACCUUAAACCCUGCUGCUUAACCGCAAGCCUUAACCAGCACGGUUUAAGGUGUCUUCUGAACAGGCCCAAUAUGAGCUUCCACUGACAUUCUGACUGGGAAGACACCAUUAACCUCUGUAAUCCUUUCCAAAGACAUUGCGCUGUCUUUUCCCCAAAAACAUCUGGCGGGCACCAGGUCAGGAAAGGCUGAUUGGCUGCAAUGGCUCUCCAGGGUUUCAGGCAAGGAUCUUUCCCAGCCCUGUCUGCUGGGGAAGCUGGGAGUUGAACCCGGGACCUUCUGCAUACCCGACAGAUGUUCUGCCACUGAGCCACGGCCCACUCCCUGCACAGUGGUGCAGCUGUAGUGCAUGGGAGCGGAAACGGGGGAAGCGUUAUGCAUGUCUCUAGUGGGCCACGAAGAGCAUGCGAAUGACAGUAGUCCGUGCGAGAGAGUUUAAGCAUAGCUGUUCUAGAAUUAAUCCCAGACCCCAUGAUUUGGUCUCCUAAAUGAAGAACGGCUCUUCUACUAGCCUCUUACUACCCGGGCUAUUCAGAAAAGGGGACACACAAACUGCACACGGCUCAUUUCUGGGCUCUGACGGGUGAGAACAAGGCAGGAGGAAGGCCUAAUGUUUCACAGUGAGGACUAGCUCCCCUCUUUAAACAGCCUCCCUCCCCCAUAUUUCCAAGUAACAAUCUAGCAA